GCAACGUCGGAGGAUACCGUCCCAAACUUUAAGGCCUGCCUAAUCCCCGACCCCGUUUGCACUUUCUCAGGUGAUCAAUUUUAUCAUCAAGGAUAAAGAUGUUGGUCAGAGAGCUCGCCUGCAUCUACACUUCUUGGAUUCUUUACGACGAUGGCAUCCAUGUCACUGCAGAGAAGAUUGCUACAUUGGUGAAGGCUGCGAAUUUGAUCGUGGAAUCCUACUGGCCUAGUCUCUUUGCCAAGCUUUGCAAGAAGAGGAACAUCGAAGAUCUUAUCGUCAAUUUUAGCUGUGGCGGUGGCGCUGCGGCUCCUGUCGGCGGUGGUGGUGCUACCCCUGCCGCCGCUGAGGAGAAGAAGGAGGCGGCCAAGGAAGAGAGUGAUGAAGACAUGGGAUUCAGCUUUGUUUGAUUAGGUGUUUCUCAAGCUUAUUCUCUUAUAGAAAAUAAUUAGGAUCAACCAGUUGGUAGUUUUUUGGUAUACUUUUUAUGUUAUUUAAAGAAGUGGAUCAGAGAAGAUAUUUCGCAAAAGAGUAAUCUUCGUGGGCUUGAAUUAUCAUCAGUACAGAAUAUGCAU